CCCAGCAAUAGUGAAAUCCAAUUCCAAGCCUGCGCUACAUGAGCCGCGGCGCACGUUGAGGAUUCCGCCUUCAUUUUGUCUAUCUUGCGCACCAUUGAUUUUCGCCCAAAUCAAAAACCUAGUCCCCCUCCCCACCCUCUACACCCCAAAAUCCACACUCGCUCUUUUGGAUUCCAACCCUUCUCGAUAUAUUGAGGCUAAGAGGUUUUUCUGCCCUUUGUUUAUUUAUUAAUUUCUCAUUUUAUUGCACUUCGGAAUUCCGGUUAAUUUUCCUCCAAAAAAAAGGAGUGCUGGUUAAUUUUCUUGUCUUCGGUUAAAAGAAUUAUUCAGGAAUCCGUGUGGUUUUAUUUCACUGGAGAAAAACCCAUCAACUUUUUUCACCCGAAAUUGUUUCCUUGGGUGUUCUUUUGCUGUGUAUGAUAGUGCAUUAGCGUGUUUUUGAUGUAUGUGUUGUUAAGAUUGGAAGGUUGGGUCCGUUCUAGGGUGGUUAUGGUUUCUCUAUGAAUUUUUUGGUGGUAUAAUGAAGAAUGUGGUAAUACCCAAAUGGCUAGAAAGGUUGCCUUUGGCGCCUGAAUUCCGCCCAACCGAUACAGAAUUCGCGGACCCAAUUGCUUACAUAUCCAAAAUAGAGAAAGAGGCAAGUGCUUUUGGUAUAUGUAAAGUAAUUCCACCGUUGCCAAAGCCGUCGAGGAAAUAUGUACUGCAUAACUUAAAUAAGUCACUUUCCAAGUGCCCGGAAUUGGGUUUGGAUGCAAGUCUUGUUACGUCAUCGAAGUUGGAUAGUGGGGCAAGGGAUAAUAGUGAUAGGGCUGUAAAUAGUGGGGAGAGUAGGGCUGUUUUUACUACAAGGCACCAAGAAUUGGGCUGUGAGAAGGGGAAAAGGGUGAAGGGGGCUGAUGCGGAUCAUGGCGCUGCGGCUCAGAAGCAAGUUUGGCAAAGUGGGGAGGUUUAUACACUGGAACAGUUUGAAGCAAAGGCAAAGAAUUUUGCUAAGAGUCAGUUGGGGUUGCUGAAGGAGGUAAAUCCUUUAGUUAUCGAAGCCAUGUUCUGGAAAGCAGCUUCCGAGAAGCCGAUUUAUGUAGAGUAUGCAAAUGAUGUGCCUGGGUCAGCAUUCGGUGAGCCAGAAGGAUCAUUGCGAUAUUUUGAUAGACGUCGGAGGAGGAGGAGGAGGAAGAGGCACUCAUUUGACAGGAAUAAUUUAGGAAACUCCGAUAGCAAGAUUGAUCAAGUAGAUACAGGAAAUAGCAUUAGUGGUAAUAAUGAUUCAGGCAGCCAGAAUAAUCAUAAUAUCUGUACAGAGACAGCAUCUAAUUCUUUACUAUCUAAUCAAUUGCAUCAUGGUGCUUCAUUUUCUGGACGAAAGGAUUUUGAAGGUGGUGAUGAGAUGGAAGGUACUGCUGGUUGGAAGCUCUCAAACUGUCCUUGGAAUUUACAAGUAAUAGCUCGGUCACCAGGAUCAUUGACGCGUUUCAUGCCUGAUGAUAUCCCUGGUGUUACUUCUCCCAUGAUUUACAUUGGAAUGCUGUUCAGCUGGUUUGCUUGGCAUGUGGAAGACCAUGAGCUUCAUAGCUUGAAUUUCCUUCACAUGGGCUCUGCAAAGACUUGGUAUGCAGUGCCAGCAGAUUAUGCUUUCAACUUCGAAGAAACCAUUCGUCUCCAUGGCUAUGGUGGAAAUGCUGACCGGUUGGUUGCCCUAUCUCUCUUGGGGGAAAAGACUACUGUUCUGUCUCCUGAAAUUAUUGUUGCAUCAGGCAUCCCAUGUUGCAGAUUGGUACAGAACCCUGGUGAAUUUGUCGUGACUUUUCCGAGAGCUUACCACAUAGGAUUCAGCCAUGGUUUUAACUGUGGAGAAGCUGCUAAUUUUGGAACACCGAAGUGGCUUACAAUUGCUAAGGAAGCCGCUGUUCGCAGAGCUGCCAUGAACUAUCUUCCCAUGCUCUCUCAUCAGCAACUGCUGUACUUGUUGACAAUGUCGUUCAUUUCAAGAAUACCGAGAUCCUUACUGCCUGGUGUACGAAGCUCACGUUUGAGAGAUCGUCAGAAGGAAGAGAGAGAAUUGUUAGUAAAGAGAGCAUUUAUCGAAGACAUUUUGCACGAAAAUAAUCUUUUGACUGUUCUCCUUCAAAGAAAUUCCUCUUAUACCGCAGUACUCUGGGAUGUUGAAUCAAUGCCAUCUUCAAGUAAAGAAUCUGAGCCAUGCAAGGAAACAGACGUAGCCCUAACAUCAGCGGAAAAAGACUCUCCCCAGAACAAUGAUGAUAUACAUGAUUUGAGCCAACUGAGCAAGUAUAUUGGUGCAGUUGGUUUUGAUCUUAACGAUGAUGACUUGGCAUAUGAUUUUCAAAUAGAAUCUGGGACUUUACCCUGUGUAGCUUGUGGCAUCCUUGGUUUUCCAUUUAUGACUGUGGUGCAGCCAUCUGAAGUAGCAUCAACUAAUCUUCUUCUAAUGGAUCCUCUUAUUGUUUCUGCUGAAUCUGGUCAACCUUCUGAGCUUAAUCCAGUGAAGGAGGUGGCUGCUAAAGAUAUUACUGACAAAACCAAGUUAAACAAGAAGGAUCUCCACCAUGUAAAUGAAGCAUCAUCAGUGGCUGAAUCAAGUCAAUCCACCCAUCAAGCUAUGGAUCAAACUUCAGUCUGUAGCCCCUCUUCAUCCUUGGAGCAUGAAGCUUUAUCUUCGCAAGUUAAGAUUGUGAAGGGAUGGAAUAUUUCUAAUGUAUCUCUAAAACCACGGAUAUUCUGCCUGGAGCAUGCAAUUGACAUUGAAGGACUGUUGAGUUCAAAAGGCGGAGCUAAUGUACUUGUGAUCUGUCAUUCAGACUUCCAGAAGAUAAAGACUCAUGCUGCAGUCAUUGCAGAGGAAAUUGGUGUUCCUUUCUGUUACACUGACGUAGAACUCAGUAAUGCUUCUCCAGAAGAUUUGAACUUGAUUGAUAUUGCUAUAGACAGAGAAGAACAAGUUGACUGUGCAGAAGACUGGACCUCAAAGUUGAGUAUCAACUUACAGCAUUGUGUGAAAGUCAAAAAGAAUUCCCCAUCUAAGAAUGUUCAGCAUUUAUUGAGCUUGGGUGGGUUGUUUUGUGAUGCAACUCCAAUUUCAAAUGCAUCUGGUGUAAAGUGGCUAUCCAGAAAAUUACGCUCAAAGCGCCAUCUGAAACGUCUAUUGCAAAGUAAAAGAUCUGAUAGCAAGGAGGAUAUGAACACAAAUGAAGAACAUCAAAUGGCUAAAAAGGAUGUUAAAAUCAUUCAAUAUUCAAGAAAAAGAUACAAGAGUCGAUCUUCUGCAGGAAUACAGGUUCCUAUAGAGAGUAAUAACCUUGUUGUACGAGAUACAUUGGAUACUGAGGCAGAAGAUCUAGAUAAAGAAGACAAAAACAUGAGUAGAAGUAUUCUGACGAGAGUUGAAACUAAUGGAAAAAGUUUCUCAGGGCCUAGUGCCUUACCUUAUGACAGUAUAUCAGAAUCUCUGCGUGACCACCCUGGGCUUUUGUCGAGAAGGGGUUCUUUCGAGAAUUCUUUUCCAUCCCACCAUGCAAAUUCAGUUAUCACUUCCACGCCCAUUAUUGAGAAUGUUGAGGCACAAACCAGCAUUUCUCCACCAAAUGAACUGGCAGUGUCUGCGAAUGUUGGUUCAACUUCAGAUGAAAAUGGGAUAGGCAAUGCUGCAGAAGAUGUAAAUUUGCAAAAGGAAGAAACAAUGGAUGAAUCUACUGUAGCAACCAGAGCUUGUGAUCAAGUGGCAGAGACUGAUUUGGAAAUGCUGCAUAAUGUUCAGUCUGAUGGAGACAAUUUGACUAAAGAAGCUUCUGAGCAUGGUGGCUCAUCAAACUGUUCAGAUGAUGAGCCUCCCACAGGGCGUGAUGAGCAGAUGGAAGCAAUUUCAGAUCAACUUGUCACGGAAAGUGAGGUGUCAAAAUCCUUGAGCUCUGAAAGGCAGCAGCAUAUUGAGAGAGAUGGAGAUAAUAAAGGAGACGUUUUAGGAUACACUGCAGGAAUAUAUGAAUCAACUUCAGCCUCAACUGAAGAAUGUCUUCCAGGUGAUACACUUGUGGAUGUGGCAUCUCAUAAUGAUAAUGGCGAGAGUGUAAGUUUACUGGAGAGGAAAGACUCGGACGAUGCCAACUCCAUCAUGGCACAAUCCUCAUCAAUUGCAAAAACUGGACGCAAAAGGAAGCGGGAAGUAAACCUGCAAUCAGAAGAUCAGUUCCAUGUUGGUGGCUUUAUUAGAGGCCCGUGUGAAGGAUUGAGGCCAAGGGCUAGAGAAGUUGCAACUGGCCAUGUUCCCGACAACAAAAAACCAGCCAAGGAGACACCAACGUUGAGUAAGGUGAGAAAAGCUACAGAUCAUUCAGUUUCUCGCAAGGAUAAGAAAGAAAACCAAAAGGGACGUUAUAAGUGCGAGUUAGAUGGGUGCACGAUGAGUUUCCAGACAAAGGCGGAGCUACUCCUGCACAAAGGAAACCGGUGCCCGGUUGAAGGGUGCAGGAAAAAGUUCAACUCCCACAAAUAUGCUAUACAACACCAGCGUGUACAUGAUGAUGACCGGCCUCUGAAAUGUCCGUGGGACGGUUGCACCAUGUCGUUCAAGUGGGCAUGGGCAAGGACUGAACAUUUACGGGUGCAUACUGGAGAAAGGCCUUAUGUCUGCAAAGUCAAGGGAUGCGGCCUUACUUUCAGAUUUGUAUCAGAUUUUAGUCGGCACAGAAGGAAAACAGGGCAUUAUGUAAGCCCGCUAGCUUGAAAACAUGUUAUCACACUGAUGUUUAUCUGUGCAUUAUAUCUGUAACCUGGAAAUCUUGAGGUCAAGAAUUGUGUAAUCUAGAAUUCUCUGGUGAUAGCUUAGGUUAGGUAAAUAUGAACUGAUCCUGUUGUAAGUAGGCAGUUUAUAUUUGUUGUUGAACCUACGUUUCUAUUUCUUUGUGUAAUGCAAGAAGUCGAUCUUGACAAGCCGACUGAAUCGUUUAGACUGCUCGUAAGACGAGUAUUCUGUGUUUCUGAAAUGACAAUUGUACUGAUGAUCAGAUUAUUUUUUGAAUCUGUUACUGUGGAGAGCAAAUUUGUCUCAGAAGUUCUAUCA